AGUGAUACAAGGCCCAUUGGAACUUCUCUGGCCCAGGAGCACCUUCUUCGUUUUCUUCCUCGACGGUUAACAAACGAGGAGCGACGGUGUGGUCCGUGAUCAAAGCCGACGGGAGAGGAUGAUCGGCCGGCGUGCUGGAACUAAUCGGAUCGGUAUGAGGAGGGACGACUCCUAUCUGACUCGGUUCGUUGACUCAGUGUUUUCUCUGUUCCGAUUAGCUGAGUUUGAGAUCCUGUUUGUGAUGUUCUUCAUUAUAGCCUACCUCAUCUUCAAAGAUCUGACGGCAAGGCCGGAGUACAAUCGGAUUCUGGUCGAGAAGCCCGGUGGAUCUGACAUAUGGCCGUUUUAGAUUGAAAAUAAUCAAAGUCGUGCAUGUUUCUGUAGAACGUAUGUGCUUUGUACACAGCAAUGCUGUGCCUAGCUUUCCUCUUGUGAAUGUCACUCUGUUUAAUUCUUCAAUGUAAGCAAUUAGAUGCCAUUACUAUAUACACUUGCCAUGUACAUGUUCAUUUAGAUCUUUUUGGAAUCACAAGAAACUGAUAUAAAUUCAUGAGUUUCAGUUGAA